GUCCAACCUUACAUCAGAACCCCCACCUCAUCUCUUUAUCUGGUUUUAUUCCUGCACACAUCACCCUCUGCAGCCUCCUGCAGAGGUCCGGACCUUUCCUGCUGCCUGCUUUCUAGGACUCAUGGCUGCAGGAGGCCAUGCCCCUGAGAUAGAUGUGUCGACCAACCUACAGCAGACCACAGACACACGUUUCACCACACGCACCACCCCCUCUCCACCCACCUGCCAGUAUCCCAGCACUUACGCAAGAGGGUGCACAGUGCAGACAGGAAGCGCAAAAAGAAACGGAAGAAAAAAAAGACAUCGCUGCCUCCGUCCGAUGUUACACCCACCAUACAUGAAGUAGAUGAGGAGGCGGAGUCUGAGACAGAAGGGCGUGGGGCAUCUGUCACACCUACAGAGCUACUGGAAAUCCAGCCGCAGCUUUGGGAGCCAAAAAGACUCGGAGGAACCUCUUCCUGUGGCUACUGUACACUUGGAAAAUGAAGACCGUCCUCUAUCUGAAAGAGCAGCUCUCUCUCUGAUGCAGGAGGCAGCUUGUAACGGGAAUGUUGCACUUCCUGCACGGAAUCAGGAGCCAGACAAAGACGCCGCCGCUUGCAACAGCGCUCCUUCAGGAUCAGAUGUCUCCAGUUCAUCGAUGACACGCAGCUGGUUCUGCAGGAGGCCCGUCCAUCACCGUCUACCGGGGGCCCAGCGCAGCAACUAUGACCUGCGUGAACGGAUCUGCAUUGGCAGCAUGACGGCUCUGGAGACCGCCGUCUACCAGCAGGUGCCGACGGAUGAGGCCGAGGCCCAGAUGUUGGCCAGCGCUGAUCUGGACGACAUGAAAAGUCACAGAUUUGAGGACAACCCCGGUGUACGGCGCCACCUUGUGAAGAAGUCGUCACGAUGCCAGAUGUCUCGCACCAGCAUCAGCUCCAUGCCGCUGUCGAGCUUAAAGAAGAAGAAAAGGGCAGAAGAGAAGAAAACACAUGAGUUGUUUGUUGAACUUAAUGAGCUCAUUGUGGAGAAAGACCAUGAGAUGCGCUGGAAGGAGAGGGCUCGCUGGAUUAAAUUUGAGGAGGACGUGGAGGAGGAGACGGACCGUUGGGGCAAACCUCAUGUGGCUUCGCUCUCCUUCCGUAGCUUGCUGGAGCUUCGCCGCACCAUCACACAUGGUGCCAUCCUUUUGGACCUGGAGCAGAAUUCUCUCCCUGGUAUUGCCCAUCUGAUGGUGGAGACGAUGAUUAUUUCUGACCAGAUCAGAGCUGAGGACAGACCGAAUGUUCUUCGUGCUCUGCUGCUCAAGCACAGGUCAGGAAAUGUUCUAGAAGGACUAGUGACGAUGUGGUGGGAACUGGUUGGCUUUGCUUGUGUUUGAGCAAAAACAGUCUUAGUUUCUCUCAAAGCUUUGUUUGGUUUCAUUUUGAAAAUCAGUAAAUUAUCAUUGUUCCAACAUAGUAUAGUAAUAUGGUGCACCCAUUGUUGAGUGGAAGAGCGGUUACCUGCCACUCGGAACGUUAUGACUCUUUUCUGCUAGCGCCUACUCACCGCAGCUUGGCUCCGCUAGGCAUGACUCCAAAACGUUUCCACUAGCAAUGGUUCCGUGCUUGUCACCCCUUUUUUAAAACCCAUAUUUGAUGUGUUUCCAAGAGUACGGAACUAGAUCAAAAAUGCAACUUUAUAAAAUUGUUGGUCACUGAUGGUCUAGGUCAGGGUGGGCAGUCCUGGUCCUCGAGGGUCGCUAUCCAGCAAGUUUUAGUUCUUUACCUGCUCCAACACACCUGAUUUCUAAAUGAAUCACCUGUUCAGCAGCUCAUCAGGCUCUGCAGCAGCCUGUUAAUAACCAGCAGAUUCAAACCUGGUGUGUUUAAGGAUUGCCCACCCCUGGUGUAAAAAGUGGAGUCACCAAUUCUCUCUGGUAUUUCCACCUGUGUAGUUGUUUACUCAUGUGAACGGUGAAUGAAACCCUCUCAGAAGUGUAAAUGUGUGUGUUGUGUGUACAUAAAAAUGUAAAUUCAGCUUUAAUCAUUUUCAUUCUACACAAAAUCUUCUGAAUUAGAAGCAUUAAUGUUAGUAUAUCGCAUUGGCAAAUAUCGGUUAUCGGCCAUAACAGUGAUCUCAAUAUCGAAUAUCGGCAUCGGCCCAAAUAUUUCAUAUCGGUGCAUCACUAGAAUCAAAAGAAUCUCAGUCCUGUAUGUGUACAAAGCUGCAAAAGGAUGCUGCUUUGACGUGGAAGCUUGUAAUGUCACAUCCAUGUAACUAAUUCAUAGACACAGACGUGCUCGUAAACAUAUGAUUGGGAAGAGACUCGGACUAUCACAGAUAGUUGAUGAAUUCAUCCAGUCACAUAAUCCUUUGUGUUCCCAUGUUUUUCAUUGUGUUUGUGUUUUGUACGGAUUACCUAGCGCUGCUUUUCAACUUCAGCAGCCGCCUCUGUUAUGGCGAGUCUAUCCAAUAAAGCUGUUGUGAUUAUAAACACCUGAAGCCUAACCCUAAUCCAGCCUUUUCAAAUUAUUCUAAUAGUCCAUGAUUUUGAAUUAGGUUUUUGCCAGGUACUGAAAGCCAAAACCAUCACCACUAUAACAAAUAAAGGCUUGAAAUAUCUGGCUUUGCAUGUAAAGAGUCUGUCUCAAAUAUUAGCUUCACCUUUUGCACGGUAUUCAAGUGUCGAGUUUCAACCGUAUGAAACUCCAUGUUCAUAGAUGGAGGUGCAAAUAUUUCCACCACAAACAUCUAAAAAGAUGUUCGUCUUCCUAUUUCCUAUUUUGAAUAGAGAAUAAAGAAAAUAAUAGACUUUAAUUUCCCCACUGUGGGAUCAAUAAAUUAUAUUCUAUUAUCUAUUAUCUUUUCAAAAUACUGAAAAAAGUGGCUUUUUGAGUUUGACCCUCUCAGAACACCAUAAACCAUCUAAUACUAAUUGUAGCAGUCCCUACUGUCUUAUGGCACCGCAGAAACAUUUUUCUUUCCAGUCUUUCAUCAACAACCAGCAGAUUCGGUGAGUUUUAAAUGUCCUCCUCUAAUGAAAAGUGAGCUCGCAUAUAGUUGCUUCUUUAUUCACGCUGUGACCUUUCUGUAGUUUCUGUGCAUGUUGAUGUUGGAUGAAGAGAAUCAAAGCCUGUUGCACCAAAGUGAUCUUCCUUCAAAGAUAAUUGUAAAAGAAAUGAAAACAAGAAGAACCGAGCAGGAGUUUCCAACGGUGACUUUUAAUAAGGCUUGGCUCAUCAACAGAGGUAGUUUCCCUGGUGUGACUGAAGCAAGACUUAACUGCAGAUGCACUGAGUCCAAAAGCCAAAGCAAUUACAAGUGUGAGUACCAACAAUAUGAGCCGUGCUGUAAUUGAUAUGUGUGGGUUUUGUGAUGACCCUACAAAGCUACAGUAGAUCUGUUUCAUAGAACACGGAAAAUCUGACGUACUACAAGUCCAGGUUCUGUGGCAAAACGGUGUGCUUUCCACUCCUAUACACAGUAAAAUCCCAAGUGUUAAAAAAGCAGCUUCAGAGUAUGGGAACUCUGUCAGAGUCAAUUCAAUAAAAGUGAGUGUAAAAUGCCUCCCUUUGUCUUGCAGUGUUGGUGUUAAUAUUUAUAGUUAAAACAGAUUGUUUAGUAGUGUAACCUGGCAGGUGUUGAAGAAAAUGUACUCUUUCUCUAGGAGUUACUACUCUAUACUCCAGUGUUGACGAAAGUCCCUCUAAAUCAGUGUACCAAGUACUCUGGGAAGCUCUGCCUUCUUCCUCUGCUUCCUCGGCCCAAUCCCAUUACUCCCACUGAGCCCUGCGGUAUUCAGCAAAGUGCGCUCAGAGAAAGUGCACAUUAAGGCUUCGAGUACAUGGUACACAAGUGUGCUAAUAAUUGCCGAAUUGAGACGGGGAUUGCGACGCGUGCGAGGAUGCUGGUCGCUGUGAUUCUUUAAAAAAAAAUGCAAUUAUUUGAAAUAAUUUUACAUUUGUUGCUGCUGUCUAAAGGUUUUAGAGCGUUAACUAAUCAUCCUAAAAUAAACAACUUUCAUUAGAAAAUACAAAUGUUCAGAAAAUAAACUUGAGCCUGUUCUCCCGCAGCAAUGGAUUGUGGGUAAAACACUUCACCCAAGUCCGCAUUGGGGCGGACCUGGGU